AUGAACCGAUACCUGCUCGUCCAGCUGAUCUACGGUCCUCGCGAGAGUUCGACAGGCGGCUGCCCGGCUGGGGGAAGUGGGAAGGUGGUCAACGAGAAGAGCUUGAUCGACUUGAUCCGACAAUCGAUCCAAAUCAACUUCGGAGACUUGGGCGCAGGCGAAGCUGGGGCCGAUCUGAACCUCAAGUAUUAUUCUCCAGUCACUUCCACCCUCAUCCUCAGAUGCAAGCGAGACCAAGUAAACAGGGUCAGAGCAAGCCUCCUCUUCAUCAACCAGAUCAACCCCCAAACUCCCGUCAUCUUCAACGUCAUCCAUCUCUCAGGGACGAUCCGCAAAACUCAAUCAUUUCUGAUCGAGUUCGAUCGUCAAUCGAUCUUGUCGUUCAAUAACGACAACCAGAAUCAGACUCAGACUGCCGAGCAAUCCAAGGCCCAUUUCGAUAAAAUCCUCGACCUCGAACCCUGA